AUGUCACACUUGCGAAACCGUAAGAACCGAAUUCCAAAGCUUCCAGAGCAGCAAGAGCAAAAUGAGCUAACUUGCCUCGGCCGGGGAAGUCUUGCCCGUCACGGUACGACGGCCAGCUAUCCCAUGGCAGAACUUGGAACACCUCCUCCAGGGACUGAUCUCGCGGCGAGUAAAUACUCUGUAAUAGUCGCUGCGUAUUCGGCAACUUGGGCAUUGGGUGCCAUAGCUGUUGCACUUCGUGUCUUAUGCCGAAGGCUCACAAAGCAUCGAUUGUGGUUGGACGACUGGUUGAUCAUCGCCGCAGUGGUACUAAAUCACGGACUUGGCAGGCAUGUUUGGGCCGCUCCACCGGAUGCUACAAACGUAUGGGCCAAAGCUGGAAUCUUAGGCUCGCUAUGCUAUACCUCGCAUACGAUCCUUAUUAAAUUGUCGAUACUUGCCCUAUAUUGGCGAUUUUUCAGCAUUGAGGAUUCAAUUCGGCCGCUAAUAUGGAUCCUGUUUGGUAUUGUCUGCUCCUGGGGCGUGGCAGUUGUAUGUUCUAAACUUGGGCUGGAUCUCCCGAACGGCGGGUAG